AAAAAAAACUCCGUAUAUUUUUUGUAUAUUUUUUUGGACAGGAUCAUAGGAGUAUGUCGGUAAACUGCCAAGUAUGAAAUCCUUCCUUCCGAAAUGUAUAAAUUACAGAAAAACAAUGAAAAUAGAGGGGAGAAAUGAGAAAGAGAGAGAGAGAGAGAGAACUAUGGCAUCCACUAAAUUUCUACAAAGGUGCAAACUUUCAGGGAAAUUCUUCAUUGUUUCCGGAUCUAUUGGGGUGCAAUCAAUCCCUUUACCACACAACUAUACUCCUUCUAUCUACCCCUUUUCCCAAAAAAAUUUGCUCUUACUCUACCCUUUUUUGAUUCAUCCAAAUAUAAUUACUUUUUUUUUAUCCCGUAAAUUGAAUUUUUUCUGGGAUUUUUCUCCAAUAUGGUGAUUAAGUUUUGAUCUUAAUUAUGUGAAUUGUUUUGUUUGAGAAAGAGAAGUUGAGUGUGGUGAUUAUGUGCAUAAUAUGGGGUUAAUUAGAGGUUUGAGGGAGAUUUUCUGGAAUUAAUAAUUGGGAUUCGGAGGAACUUUUAAAAAUGGCAUCUAAGGGGAACAUUGUUUUGGGGUCCCAUGUAUGGGUGGAGGACCCAGAUAUAUGUUGGGUUGAUGGAGAAGUUACAAAAAGCAAUGGUGAAGAAUUUGAAAUCAAGAUUUCAAAUGGGAAGAAGGUUACGGCAAAUCGGUCAAAAAUUUAUCCAAAGGAUUUGGAUGCUCCAGAUGGUGGAGUUGAUGACAUGACAAAACUUUCAUACUUGCAUGAGCCUGGAGUGCUGCAGAAUUUAGCAACUCGAUAUAGUCUAAAUGAAAUCUAUACUUACACUGGGAAUAUUCUCAUCGCCGUAAAUCCAUUCCAAAGACUACCCCAUAUAUAUGAUAUUCAAAUGAUGAACCAUUACAAAGGGGCGGCAUUUGGAGAGCUCAGUCCUCAUGUUUUUGCUAUUGGUGAUGUUGCAUUUAGGGCUAUGAUGAAUGAGGGUAAAAGCAAUUCCAUUCUGGUUAGUGGCGAAAGUGGUGCAGGCAAGACUGAGACUACUAAAAUGCUUAUGCGUUACCUUGCCUAUUUGGGUGGCCGUGCAGCCACAGAGGGUCGGACUGUUGAACAACAAGUUUUGGAGUCGAAUCCUGUUCUUGAAGCUUUUGGAAAUGCAAAAACAGUUCGCAAUAAUAAUUCAAGUCGAUUUGGUAAAUUUGUGGAGAUUCAAUUUGACAAGCGUGGAAGAAUAUCAGGAGCAGCUAUCAGGACAUAUCUCCUUGAAAGAUCUCGUGUUUGCCAAGUUUCGGACCCUGAGCGUAACUACCACUGCUUCUAUCUUCUCUGCGCUGCUCCAAAGGAGGAAGUGAAGAAGUACAAGCUUGGAGACCCUAGAACAUUCCAUUAUCUUAAUCAAUCUAAUUGUUACGAGUUAGUCGGUAUAAACGAUGCUCAAGACUAUCUUGCUACUAGGAGAGCUAUGGGGAUAGUUGGAAUGAGUAUGGAAGAACAGGAAGCGAUUUUCAGAGUGGUUGCUGCAAUUCUUCAUCUAGGUAAUAUAGAAUUUACGAAGGGUCAAGAGAUUGAUUCGUCUGUUCCAAAGGACGAUAAGGCUAAGUUCCAUCUUCAGACAGCAGCAGAACUUUUCAUGUGUGAUCCAUUUGCUUUGGAAGAUGCUCUUUGUAAACGGGUAAUGAUUACCCCCGAAGAAGUAAUUAAAAGGAGCCUUGAUCCAGGAGCUGCAACAGUGAGCAGAGACGGUCUAGCGAAGACAGUAUAUUCCCGUUUGUUCGAUUGGUUGGUGAAUAAAAUCAAUAAAUCCAUUGGUCAAGAUCCUAAUUCCACGUGUUUGAUCGGUGUCCUUGAUAUUUAUGGUUUUGAGAGCUUCAAAACGAAUAGUUUUGAGCAAUUUUGCAUCAAUUACACAAAUGAAAAGCUGCAACAACAUUUUAAUCAGCAUGUUUUCAAGAUGGAGCAAGAGGAGUACACAAAGGAGGAAAUUGAUUGGAGCUAUAUUGAAUUUGUGGAUAACCAGGAUGUAUUGGAUCUUCUUGAGAAGAAACCUGGAGGCAUCAUUGCGCUGCUUGAUGAAGCUUGCAUGUUUCCAAAGUCGACUCAUGAAACCUUCUCUCAGAAGUUAUAUCAGACUUUCAAGACGCAUAAGCGCUUCAUCAAGCCAAAAUUAUCUCGUACAGAUUUUACUCUUGCUCAUUAUGCUGGAGAGGUUCAAUACCAAUCGGACUAUUUUCUGGACAAGAACAAAGACUAUGUUGUUCCAGAACAUCAGGACCUAUUGAGUGCUUCCAAAUGUUCUUUUGUAGCGGGACUUUUUCCUGUGAUUGCCGAAGAAACAUCUAAGUCCUCGAAGUUCGCAUCAAUCGGUUCUCGUUUUAAGGUAUCUGAUAGUAAGUUUCAUUUGUUAAGGUUCAAUUUUGCCCAAAUUCGAUACGUAGUGAAGCUUAACUUCUUAAACAUUUUGAUCCAGCUACAACUACAGCAACUGAUGGAAACACUGAAUUCAACAGAACCUCACUAUAUCCGAUGUGUGAAGCCGAAUAAUCAACUUAAGCCUGCUAUAUUCGAGAAUAUGAAUGUAAUGCAGCAACUUCGUUGUGGAGGUGUUCUAGAAGCAAUUAGGAUCAGCUGUGCUGGAUAUCCUACUCGCCGUACAUUUUUUGAGUUCAUUAGUCGAUUUAAACUUCUUGCUCCUGAAGCUAUAAAAGAGAACAAUGCAGAAAAGGAUGUAUGCGCAAAGAUAUUGGAAAAGAUGGGUCUAACUGGUUACCAGAUUGGGAAGACAAAAGUUUUUCUACGAGCUGGUCAAAUGGCCGAGUUGGAUUCACGCCGAGCAGAGAAGCUUAACAAUGCUGCUAGAACUAUUCAAAGGAAGAUCAGAACUCAUAUUGCCCGUCAACAUUUUCUUGCUUUGCGCAGGGCUGCCAUUGUUAUACAAACAUUAUGGAGGAGAAGAUUGGCUUGCAAGCUUUUCGAAGGUUUGAGAAGAGAGGCGGCUUCAAUAAAAGUUCAAAAGAAUUUGCGCAGACACUUGUCUAGAAAAUCAUAUUCACGAGUGCGAUUCUCAGCUCUCACCUUACAAACAGGGUCAAGGGUAGUGGCUGCUCGCAAUGAGUUCAGAUAUAGACAGCAAACAAAAGCAGUGAAGAUUAUACAGGCUAUUUGGAGAUGCCACUUAGCAUAUUCGUACUAUAAAAAGCUUAGAAAGAAUGCAAUUCUUACACAAUGCAGAUGGAGAGGACGGUUAGCUCGAAAAGAACUGAGAAAACUGAAAAUGGCUUCACGAGAAACUGGUGCACUUAAAGAAGCAAAGGAUAAACUCGAGAAAAAGGUGGAAGAACUUGGGUUGCGGAUACAAUUAGAAAAACGUGCACGGAUGGAUAUGGAGGAGUCUAAGGAGCAGGAAAUAGCAAAGUUACAGCAAUCUUUGCAAGAUAUGCAGAGGAGAGUUGAUGAGACAAACAAGUUGCUUGUCAAGGAGCGUGAGGCUGCUCAGAAAGCAGUUGCUGAGGCAGCAACUGCGGCAGCAUCUGUUGUCAAAGAAACUACAGUAACUAUUGAAGAUACUGAAAAAAUUGAUACCCUAAUGGAAGAAGUAGAUAAUUUAAAGAUAUCAUUAACGAAAGAAAAAGAAAGAUCGAAUGAGUGCGAAGAGAAGUAUAAAGAAGCCCAUGAAUCAAGUGAAGAGAAACGUAAGAAACUAGAAGAAACGGAAAGAAGAGUUCAUCAACUUCAGGAUUCUCUGAAUAGGCUUGAGGACAGACUUACCAACUUAGAAUCUGAGAACAAGGUUCUUCGUCAACAAGCCAUCACCAUGGCACAGAAUAAUAAGCUUUUAGCAGCUCGCUCUAGAUCAUUAAUGCAGAGAACCGAAAGUACAAGAAGUGUGGAGCUACGUAGCAGUACAUCCAUGAACGCAAGAGACCAGGGUGACGUAGAAGGGCGAGCACAGAAAGCCCUCAAUGAUAAACAGCAAGAGAAUCAGGACUUGCUCAUCCGAUGUAUAGCUCAGCCGCUCGGCUUUACAAAAGAUCGACCUAUUACAGCAUGUAUCAUAUACAAAUGUUUGAGGCACUGGAGAUCAUUCGAAGUGGAGAGGACAAGUAUUUUAGACCGAAUCAUUCAAACAAUAGGCCACGCUAUAGAGGCUCAGGAUAACAAUGACAUAUUGGGUUACUGGCUUUCAAACACAUCAUCCCUUUUAUUACUGUUACAACGUACACUAAAAGCAGGCGGUGCAGCUGGGAUGGCUCCUCAACGGAGGCGCCCUCCACCUAGCCUUAUCGGCAGGAUGACUGCGAGUUUUCGUGGAAUCCCACGAGAUGUUGAUCUUUCUUCGCUUGAUGGUGAAAAGAAUGGUGGAGUCAAUGGUCCUUUGAGCCAGAUUGAAGCCAAAUAUCCUGCAUUGCUUUUCAAACAACAGUUAACAGCUUAUGUGGAGAAGAUCUACGGAAUGAUUCGUGAUAAUCUGAAAAAGGAGAUAUCUCCUCAGUUGGGGUUAUGCAUUCAGGCACCAAGAAAAGUUAGCUCAAUAACUCACGGAAGUAGCCCAGCAGCCCAACGGACGCUAUUUGUGCACUGGAAAGAGAUUGUACAGAGCUUAAACAACUACCUCAACGUUAUGAAAGCCAACUAUGUUCCAUCGUUCCUCAUUCGGAAAGUAUACACCCAAGUAUUAUCUUUUAUCAACGUACAGUUGUUCAACAGCUUAUUGUUGAGACGAGAGUGUUGUUCGUUCAGCAACGCUGAAUAUGUUAAGGCUGGGCUAGCAGAAUUAGAAAAUUGGUGUUUCGAUGCUAAUGAAGAGUAUGCAGGUUCAGCUUGGGAUGAGCUGAAGCAUAUCAGACAAGCUAUUGGUUUCCUGGUUAUACAUCAAAAGCCACAGAAGACUCUAGAUGAAGUUAGCCAUGACCUCUGUCCUGUGCUUAGUAUUCAGCAGCUUUACAGGAUCAGCACUAUGUACUGGGAUGACAAAUAUGGCACACAUAGUUUGUCCCCCGAAGUUAUAUCGAAUAUGAGAAUUCUAAUGACCGAAGAUUCUAACAAUGCUGUUAGUAGUUCAUUUCUACUAGAUGACGACUCAAGUAUACCAUUUUCAGUGGAUGACUUAUCGAAAUCCACUGAACAAAUCAGUAUCUCAGAAAUCGAACCUCCGCCUCUCAUCCGAGAGAAUACUGGGUUCAGUUUCUUGUUGGAAGCAUAGGUAAAUACCCGGUUUUGACUCGUUGGUUUUCUAUCGGAAUGUACAUUCUGCUCUCUACACAACAACCUCUGGUGAUCGCGGUAGUAAUUCAGUCUCGGUAUUUCCUCAUUCUUUCCGGGUAGUGGCUAGAAACAUAACUUAUUACUUGAAUUGUAGCACAGUUUUGUUCCAGAUAGUUUGAUCGACCAAGUUUUCUCGGCCUCUAAUUGAGAAUUUAGGUUUGUGGGAUUAGAUAACAUGAGUUUGGUGGACGGUUCGCCCUCUCGGAAAAAGAAACAGUAGUAUAGAUCAACAAGACAUUGGCGAAAUUUUUGCUUGUUAUUUACUUAUUAGUCAUUGUAUGUAAAACUUCACUUGUACAAGGGAUGUAUCAUUUAAAUAGAGGUUCCUUUCAUCUUUGUAAUCUCUAAUGAAUAAUUCUUCAGUUCAUAGAUAUACACUAUAAAUAAGAAGGCAGUCUACCACUCUAGUGCUCAGUGAAGCCAUCCCAUUUAGUGUUGCUUGACUGCGAUAUUGAUGUUUGGUUAUGCGCGUUUAAACUUCGGUCCAUUUAACGCGUCUAUAUUGAAAUCAUCUUUGACAUUUUAACGUGCAAUUUAGUGACAUGAAUUCUUUGUAAUUUUUGAUUAUUUAUUAUGUUCAAGUAAAAAUAUUAAAGAUUAAAUUACUAAUUGAAUAACAUGCAAAAAGAAAUGUAAGUAAAAAAAAACUGGAAAAACAAAUUCUUUAUUAUUUUAUCUCACUCGUUUUUUUAUAUAUUUUUUCCAAGUAAGAUCUCUUAAUUAAAUAAGAUGCAACAAGAAUGAGAGGCACAUAAAAGGUAGUAUCAAGAUGCAAUUUUUUUUAGUUUAUGGCUUUGUUGUAGUUUCAAGUAGUAUUUUUUAGUUUAUAGCUUUUAAGUUAGAAAAGGUGUACAAAAAAGUUUUGGGAUUGUAAUUAAUAUUGUUAGGCACACUAAGGAGACUUAAUGGUAGUAGACUAGUGGU